GUAUGUUCCAAAUUUUGUGGGAAAGGAAAACUGCAGAGACGGAUUUUAAAAAAAUAUUAAAGGGAAAGGAAGAAUAUAACGUUCUGAGAAUUGAAAAAAUUUAAGUAGAGAAGUUUUUUUUUACAAUGUACAAAACUUGCUUACAUUAUGUUUGUAUUUUUGGUUUAUACUUGUGCUUUUACAACAUAACACAUGUCAACGUCUUUGGGAUGUUUACAUCUGCCACUAUAUAAGACAAAACUAAUAAGCUUCAUUUUUGACAUUUUCAAAAAAGGUAAUAUGCAAUUAAAGUUAAUGAGAUUAUUGUCACUAAAAAAUGCUCCAGUGAAAGAAAAAGUUAAGUUAAGCAGGAAUGAUAUGGAAAAAUAAGGAAAUACAUUGACUUUUUUCUUCUAAGAAAGGGGUAGCAUAGAAAAAAGACUGUACGCUGCUAUUGAAGCAAAUAAAUUCUUUAGUUGGUUACCUUACAACUUACAAUAAAUGAAUUUUGUUUGAAUUAGUAUCUUAGUAGUCUUCACCGGAUCGCUUGAAAUAAGAACGCCCUCUGCUGCUGAAUAGAAAUGUUAUAAAUUUCUGAAGCAUAUAAAGAUUUAAGCUUAAAAUAAAAAUGUUGUCUCAACGAACAUUUUGUAAAAUUGCAACUCUCACAUGAAUGUACUAAUAAAUAUUUCUUUAGGAAAUGACUGCCAUCAUUUGGUUGCUAAUCAUCAUUCCAUUCUGUGCUGCAGAACUUUGCGAUUUGAAAGCAGAUGGCAUGUACCAAGAUCCACACAAUUGCAAUGGAUUCAUAGAAUGUUUAAAUUAUGAAACUACAGAGUGGAAUUGUCCUCGUCCUGAUUUGUUUUUUGAUCCAGUCUUACAAACAUGCACCAAUGUUAAAUUUCCUGGUUGCGAAGAAGAGCAAGAAGUUCGGCAUGCUUUAUAUUACAAAUCAGUGGAUGGUAACAUCAAAUGUAUUAAGAAUGUCAGUUCAACUGUGGUAAAAUCACAUCCUUUGGGUUGUUGCUCUAUUAAUGAGAAAGUACGACACCACAAGGGAGAUAUUUUGUACUGGUACAAGGGAAAAGCAAGUGAAAACUGCUUUAAAAUCCAAACUGGUUAUUUUGCCUUUAUCCCUACACUAUUAGGUGACUGCACAAACAUGCUUGCUGAUGUUUGUGUCAACGAUCAAGCAAAUAAAUUUGAAAUUGUAUCAAAAUGCCGACAAGGUUUCUCAAGGUUAAAUUCUGUUACCUGCAUGAGGCAAGUUGCCCUAUGGAACAAAGAUCACUGCUUAUUAAAACCUGUUGAGAAAAAAAGAGAAAAUUGUUGCAACCUAAAUUUGAAGUGGUAUAUGCGAAUGAAUAGAAUAUACAAUCAAAAUGGAUUAUGCUGGUCAAUUGCAGGCGACACGUCGCAAAUACUUUUGCAGCGUGCAAAAGACGAUAAGAAAUGUCAUCGAUUUACUGGAAACAGUGAACAUUUUUUGACAUCGUUUAACGAUCCUUAUAACAGAUGCUUCACUAAUGACAGCCAAACAACUCUAAAAAGUUGUGGAUCACAAUCAGUAAAAGUGUAUGCAUGUGAAGAUGCAUUCGACGUUCAGACAAAACCUACACUUAGAAUUAAGCCACAAGAAUUUGUCUUCCUUUAUAAACAAGCUGACAACACAAGUAAUUGCGUGAUCCGAAAUUUACAAAGCUUUGAAAUAUCAUCGCCCUUCUCAUUGCAAUGCUGCUAUGGCAAUUCAAAGAUGAAAGUUUUCUCAAAUGGAAACGUGAUAAAUAGACAAGAAUAUUUACACGUUACCCCAGAGAGCCUUUUAAAAUUCACCCAGAUACACCAAACUGCAUUCAGAAUCUUAGAUGAUGGUAUUCUUCGUGUUGUAAACUUUGCGAACUGGUAUAACUUCAGAUACAAUAAAUACAAGAAAACGAUUCAUGUCGAGUCAUUCAAUGCCAGUAGUCAGAUUAACUUAAUGACACUUCAAUGCCCUCUUACAGUUAACUUAACUCAAACUGGAUCAUGGUAUAUUUUUGGAUCAAGUUCGUAUAUUUAUGUAAAAGAACCUAUGACAUUCGAUCAAGCUGAAAAGUAUUGUGCAAUAUUCAGUUCAACUCUCACUAGUAUCACGAACUACUUAGAACACGUAGCAAUCAAUCAAAUUGUAACGAGUCAAGAAUUUUGGAUUGGCUUAGUAAAGCGUAGUAAAGGUUGGGAAUGGUUAAAUAGUGAAAAUGUUAGUAGUGAGUACAUUCCCAAGUAUGCAUCUCACAUAUGUGGUGCUGGUAACUCAUCAACAUUGAUGUUGCACAGCGAUGACUGUAUGAAAAUGAAAUCAUUCAUUUGCAAGCGUGCUAUAAAUGACUCACAAACAAACAUAUGUGGCCGCAGUUGGAUUCCAUACCUUUCUGGUUGUUUUGCCUUGUUUAAGCAUAACAAAUCGUGGGCAGAGGGUCGUAACUUUUGUCAACUGGCUGGUGGUCGUUUAGCGGUCCCCAACACUGAAUGUGAGAAAAACUUUAUAGACGCCAUUGCGAAGAAAUAUAAAGGAAAAUAUUGGAUUGGUUUAUCUCGUAAAGCAAACAGUAGUGUUUUCACGUCUGAAGAUUCAUCCAAAGUAUACCAACUAGAUCCUUCCUUGGAUCUAAAUUUUACAACUUCAGAACAACAAUAUGUGUACAUUGAUUCGAGCAGGAAUUAUGAAUGGAAAAUCUCUGUAUUUAGUUCGCCUGAAACAUAUUAUUCAUUAUGUGAAAAACAUCUAAAUGUGACAAAUUCGAAAAGAAAUAACAUCAGUGAAACACCGCAACCAGAUACAGAACAUAAAUAUUGGAUUGCUUACCAGAAUAAUUCUUACUUAUUUGUCAAUGAGAAUGUCACUUGGUUUCAAGCGGAAAGAAUAUGCAGAGACUUGAGCAGUAACCUAACUAGCGUAUUGACUGCAGAUGAAGAAGACUUUCUGGUCAACGUUUUGUCGAAACAUACUCCUUUUUGGCUUGGUUAUGUUAAAGGAAUGUCUAGCUGGACUGAUGGUAAAAUAUAUGAACAAAAAUUUUGGGCAACCACAAAUACAUCUGAUGCAGGGAAAAUAUUUUUGAUUAAAACGAAAUGUGGUAUGGUAUAUGAAAGGAAUGAAAAUAAGAAUGCGUUUGUAUGUAAAAGAAUAAGAGAAAAUUACCUGCUGGGCGACAAGAAAACAUGUUCGGCAUGGUCACACAAUCUUGGUUAUUGCUACUACAUGUCUGAAAUUCAUACAACAAAAACAAUGGCAAAAUAUCUUUGCAUAGCAGGUGGUGGCAGUCUUCUUGAUGUAGAAAACGAAUGUGAAAAGCAGUUUGUUUUGUCAAAUACAUUCUGGGUUAAAGCAUCAGCAGACACUGUGGAUUUAAAGAGGAAAUUUGUUUGUGGCAAACCUGCAGCUAAGACUGCAAUUCUGGGGAGUGAAAAUAGUACUGAAGAAACUGGUGGCUAUUAUAAGCUAGAUAACGGCUGGUUUGUCUAUCAAAACUCCCAAUACUUUUUUGCGAGACUAGCUCUAAACAAAAGUGCAUCGCAACAGCUGUGUGAAGCGUUAGGAGGCGCGUUACCCUCUAUUACAACAAUAAGUAUGUUGAACUUUGUGCUUAACGCGAGUGGCAGCGAAAGUAUAUUUUGGACUGAUUUAGCAAACUCGACAAAACAUCAGCACUCAUUAUGGGUUCUUGGAAUACCUGAUUAUGGGAAUGAUCAAGACAUUAUGGCGACAAGGUGUGGUUUAACAUCAUCAACUAAUAUUAUAAUCAAUGCACAGGUUUGCCAAAGAGGUAACAAACCUGAAUAUAUAACUCACUGUGUACCGCCAUCUUUGACAUACAAUUCCUCUUGUUAUACUCUAAUUCCACUGGAUAUGACAUGGCAGCAUGCUGAACUAGUUUGCAAUAAUAUAAAGGCGAGUGUAUUAACGUUACCGACGAGACACGAAUGGCAUUACCUUCUGGGGAAUUUUAAGGAAACAACAGUUGCUGGUUCUUGGUUGGCAUCUUCGUCAGAACAGCGCAACAAAAGUAAUCUGUGUUUAUAUCUGGACGCUUUUGGAAAGACUGGUAACAUAUCAUGUCAACUCAAUAUGAAGUUUAUUUGCAAGAAAAAGAUGCACAGCAUACUUGGUGCUACUUUAGAGCCAACAACAACACGCUCAACAGGACCAGGGAUAUCAAUUAAAACACAGCUUCCCUCUGAUGUCGGUCAGUGGUCAACUUGGUCGCCAUGGUUACCUUGUGAUGUUCUUUGUGGUUCGGGCAAUCAAGUCCAAACACGUGAAUGCCUGAAUAAUCGAGGCAGAAAGAUUGACCCAGAGUUAUGUACAGGAAAAGCAAGAAAAGAGAAAAAUUGUUUGGGCUUUGGUGACUGUUCAAAAUUUUAUUCUGCUGGCGUUAGUCAAAGUUGUGCAGAUGUUUGUGAAAGCUUAGGAAAAAUUUGUGACAAACGAGUUCAAACCGGAGAUACAAAUGAGUUAUUUCGCGCGACUGGUUACCAGUGCUCCAACAACAUUUCAAGGGUUUUAUGGACAGGUGGAUUUCAACCUUAUAUUGACAUCAACACUUAUUUGUGUGUUGGUUACAUGAAACUGCCAAAUGAAAUCAACUGUGAAGUAAAACCAAGUAAACCGGAUUUUAGAAGAAUAUGUAAAUGUAUUAACCAAGAUGAUGUAGGUAUGACAACGUGGACACCAUGGAGCAAAUGUUCCUCAACGUGUGGUGGUACAUGUUUUCGCAGGAGGACAUGCGCACUAAGCUUUGAUGGGCCUUGUUCCGCAAAUAGAAAAGAAGUAAAGAAAUGUGGUCAUUCGGAUUGUCCAGUUCACGGUGAGUGGACAGCCUGGGCUGCUUGGACGCGCUGUAAUCAAACUUGUGGUCACGGUGUACAAAGUAGAAAUCGCAGCUGCUCAAAUCCUUUCCCAUCCCUUGGCGGUGAGAAAUGUUUUGGCGAAGAGAAACAAUACCAAGCCUGUUACGUUACCUGCACUGUUAAUGGAAGUUGGUCAACGUGGACAGCAUGGUCUGCUUGCAACAAACCGUGUGGUCAUGGCAAUUAUGUUCGAACAAGAACUUGCACUAACCCAUUGCCCUUAUAUGGUGGUUGCAUUUGCAAAGGAGUGUCAAAAGAAGAAACACCAUGUGGGACCGCUACCUGCCCAAAAGUGACGGUGCAAGUUUCAUGUAAGCUUGACAGAAAAUAUACAUUCGAUUUAACACACGGUAAAAUUCCAUUCGCAAAGUUGGAAGAUGAAAUACGUCACGAAAUAAUGAGCGACAACACUAUUGGAAAUGUGGAAAAGGUUACCUUGUUAAAAGCAUCACCCGGAAGCAUUGACGUGGUGUUCUCCAUUGAAUUCACGAAACUGAAUAAUUUUGAACUCUUGUCGCUACAAGACAGCAUAGAUGUGAAUCAUGCAAUCGGAAAAAUACCCAUCGUUCCAAAUACCAUAGCUUCAUUUAAAGCUGAUAAAGUUCCUACCUCACCGCCAAGCAAUAUCACAAUACGAACUUCAUCGCCAAAUUCGCUAACCAUAUUAUGGAAAGACGUCAACAUACGUGGUUUGGAGAUAACAUCUUAUAUCCUGUUCUAUCGAGAAAAAUCCAAGGUCUCAAGCAUGUAUGAUACAUUGAGUACGAACCAAACAUCCGCGGUUCUUUCUGGUUUAAAGGCUGGAACAAGAUAUGUGGUGAGAAUAUUGGCCAGCACCAAAUCAGGAAAUGGUAUCGCCUCCAAGGAAAUGGUUGUUCAAACAGAAGAAGAUGUUCCAAGUCUUACGCCUGGUAAUGUUACCGGUAUCAGCAUAUCUUUUGACAAGAUAUUCAUCCAAUGGAAAAGAGUGGACGAAGGUGCCAUGAAUGGAGUUUUAAUUGGUUAUGAUAUAAUUCUUGAUGAAAGUAUGAACAGGAAGAAAAUAUUUUUCCCGCAUGAAAAUACGAGUGUUAUAUUAGACAAGUUAAAGGGUGAUACUCAAUAUGUUAUCUCGGUGUGUGCGGUCACGAAGGCUGGCUCCGGACCGUGUGGAGUUACACAAGUGCGAACAAAAACUUCAGCACCAACUGAAUCGCCGAUGAAUCUUACAGUAGUGAGGUACUUACACAAUAGCCUUUCAAUACAGUGGAGACCAAUACCAGCAUAUGCAUUGAACGGAGAACUCAUCGGUUAUAAGGUACUAUAUAAGCCGAUGGAUACUCACGAAAAGGCCACAAGGUAUUUAAGACUAGAUGUUGCACCAUGGCAGACAUAUGCGAAGUUAAAUAUUUUGUUACCUAAUUCAAAGUACAUGAUACAUGUGCUAGGUAUUAACGCAUACGGGGAUGGCAUUGGAGCAUCAGUUACUGCCAAAACUUGUAAAUGUCCAGAAGUUAUCUACAGUAACUAUUACAUAACUAAGCCAUAUACAACUCGUCUAAGAAUGUUUUUUGAUGGAAUAUUUCCCACAGUUAUAAGAGAUAUGUUCACAUUUGCUUGUGGGUUUUGUCCUGAUGCCAACCAGAACACAACUACUGUUGACUUGACGUCAAAUGGUAAAUAUGAAUAUGCCAGUAAAUCAACGCUAGAGAGAGUUGUGGAAGAUAUUGAUGAUUUUACGCAAUUAAGUUUCCCACUUUCAGCAAGUGUGAAAGCCAAAGAUUCGAUGGACAUGGUUUACGUACCUAUAUUGAAAUAUCCGGGUUCUUUAUUUAUUAUUCGCCAGUACGACAUACAUGAACACGUGAUGCACGUUGUGGUACAAAUUCUUCAACUAUGGCCCCUGUUUGUGAUAAAUUUUAUGUUGAUCGUGUUUGUGGGAGCUGCCAUUUGGCUUUUGGAUGUAACAGGUAGUGGAAAAAAUCAUUUUUCCUUAAACAAAUGGGAUGGUAUAAGAGAGGGUUGGUACUAUGCCUAUGUUACACAAACUACCAUAGGAUAUGGUGACUUUACCCCCAAGAGGUUUCUUUCGAGGUGUUUUGCGAUCGGGUGGAUGUUUCUAAGCAUUAUUAUGUCAUCAGUGUUGUUAGUAGGCGCACUUACCACAGCUUUUACCACUUCUGCGUUGGAGGAGGUACAUACCAUAUAUGGAAGGAAGAUUGCUGCGUUGUCUGGCUCUUUUGAAGAAAAGUUAGCUACGUUGAGAAAUGGAAAGAUUAACAAAAAUAAAACUUAUUCAACAGUAUCAUCUUUGGUUAAUUCACUUGUUAACCAUGAAGUCGAUGGUAUUCUAUUAGAUGCUUAUACUUCAGGCUCAUACAAAUCCUUUUUAAAACAAGCUGGUGUUCAAGAAAAGAGCUUAGUGGAAUUUCCAAGAACUUAUGGUGUUGUAUUAUCUGGUGGCCUAGCACGAGUAAAUGAGGAAGUCCGUGAUUAUGUAGUUGCAAAUGAAGACAAAAUAUUAAAAGUUCUGGAAAUGUAUACUACGAAACUUAACCCAAAAGAAGCGAAACCUAUCAAAUCCUUAUUCGAUCCUCACUCUGAGUUUUUGAAACGAACACUUGUCAUCUUAUCGUGUUUAUUGUUCCUUUUUCUGAUGUUUGGUUGUUUUAUUUGGUUUUGUUUCUUAAGAAAAAGAGGUGGUAACUUCAAAAUAGAACCAGAAGAACCAAACGAAUUAGAGAAUUUGAAGACAUCAACAAAUCAUUUUAUAAAAGAUUUUUACACUUCAUUUACCAACAAGGUUAGACAAGUGUACCAACGACAUGAGCUAGAGAGGAUUAAAUUACGGUUUGAUCGUGGUGCAAGUAGCCUGCGUAACGUAAACACUUUUUCACCAAACAAGCGGUAUAAAACAAAAACAAAGACCUCUGAUCGUAAUGUAUCCAUCAAUGGGAAAAUAGAACUCAAGUUAGACGAAAUCAAAUACACAGCAUGUUGAAAGACAACAACGAAUUGGAAUGGUAGAUGUCUAUAAAAAUGUAAAUAGAGUUGUAUAUGUAAUACUAUGUAAUAAAAUUCAGCAUUUAUUUUUCAUGAUACUACUGUAAAGCGGUAGAAGGUUCUAGGAAGGAGACUAGUUAUGGCUAAACCCAAAAUGUUUGUGUAGCCUUAUUACAUCCCUAGAUUUCAGCCCCAAGAUGCGCUUUUAUAUCCUUCCCGUGAUUAGUUUUUAGUACUACUAGUAGUACGCAGUACAUGAAAACGCGGGAAGAGAGCUUAGUAGAACGUCUGUACACCUUUUUGCAAAAAUUAUUUUGGCCAAGCAAUGUAAAAAGGGUAAAAUAAAUAACAAAGAAAUAAAACAUUAUUUUAGAUUGUUUUUAUAUUAAUUCUGAAAAUACAGCGAAUCAAUGUUAACAGACACCAAAAUAUACCAUCUGGUAAAUUUAUGCGUUUUCAGUCUUUGUUGAUAAUUUUUCACUUUGUCUUCGGAGCCGCAAUCUGAUACCUCUAAACACACGCAAAGCUGUUCGAUCACUUGCCACUUGUCGUCUUAAUAUGUUUGCUUGUCUCGUAGUUGCCACAAGCCUGCAGGCGAAUCGUCUGAUAAUAAUUCUGAUGCGUGUUCUUAAGCUUCUGACCAAAUUGGCUAGCCUUCUGAGAGCCCUGUUGACUACUCUAAGUCUGUCUUCCGUCCCUUCGGUUGCUGUACCUAAAACAAAUUCAGAUGGUAUUUUUAGAACGGCCAUAAAAUAUUAAAAAUUAUGCAAAUUAGCAACCCCAAAUGUGUUGCUUACUAUCAACUGAAAUGUAUAUGCAAGAUUAAUAAGUACUUACUGGCCAAAAAUAAAUUAGUUGUUCUUAUCACUCGAUUCAAUGUUCCUAGAGCCUGAUCAAUGUUUUCAACAGUAGGGGCUAGCGGAACGGCUGGGACAUUGGUGCAGUUAAGUGGAGCAGUGGUAGGAAUGAUAGAUGCUGUAGUUUCUGCAGUUGUUGAUACAUCUUGUGAAAAUGUUCCUAUUCAAAGAACAAAAAAAAAAUGAAAAGUGUACAGUCAUAGAUCUUAUCCGAUUGUGUACGUUAUUAAGUAAGUACGUACCUGCUAUGAAAGAAAAUACAACA